UGUUGUUUUCUUUGAAAAUUGAAUUGUUUUACUUUUUGUUACUCCUUCUUAAUUGUUGAUUUAAUUGUUAUUAUGUUAUUUCUAAUUGGUCUUGGUUUAUGUGAUUUAACUGAUAUAACUGUUAAAGGUCUCGAGAUUGUCAAGAGAUGUGAUCAUAUUUACCUGGAACAUUAUACUUCAGUUUUGUAUAAUGUAUCUGAUAACAUGGAGCAACUUGAAAAAUUUUACGGAAAAAAGGUGAUACUUGCUGACCGGGAAAUGGUUGAAAGUGAAGCGGAUAAAAUUCUAGAUGAUUCGGUUAAUAGUGAUGCCGCUUUUCUGGUUGUUGGUGAUCCUCUUGGAGCAACAACUCAUACAGAUUUAAUCUUACGAGCGAUCCAACGGAACAUCAAGUACAAGAUCAUUCACAAUGCCUCCAUUAUGAACGCUGUCGGUUGUUGUGGCCUUCAAUUAUAUAAUUUCGGUGAAACUGUCUCUAUCCCACUGUGGACCGAUACAUGGAAACCAAAUAGUUUCAUGGAAAAAAUAAUCUCCAAUAAAUCCAGAGGACUCCAUACACUUUGUCUUUUAGAUAUCAAAGUUAAAGAGAAAUCACUUGAAGCCAUGAUGAAAGGUAAAUUGGUUUAUGAACCACCACGAUUCAUGACAGCCUCCCAAGCAGCUUCUCAAAUUGUUGAUUGUUUCAAAAUGGAAUCAAACACAAUCGGUGUCACUGGCGAUUCUAAUAUUGAACAUUCAUUCAGCCCAAAUAGUUUCUGUAUUGGUCUUGCUCGUGUUGGUUCCGAUGAUCAAACCAUAAUUAGAUGUAAAUUGUCUGAAAUGGUCGAUAAAGAUUUAGGUAAACCUUUACACUCCCUAGUGAUUGAAGGUAACCUACAUCCUCUUGAGGAAGACAUGUUAAAACUUUACACCGCUGAAUAAAAAAAAACACUAAUCAUGAGAAAACGUGAUAAUCAACAGUUUAAUUGUUGUUGUAAUGAAUCAAAGUGUUCAAAAUCCGCAAGAUUUCAAGAUGAUUAACGAUCAAGACAUUUAUAUAUAUAAAUGAUUUGGAAAUACAAUUGGAAACCCAAAUAAGCUAAUCGGUAACCGUUAUUAUUACCUUUCCAUACUUUGAUAAUCUUAAAUUCAAAUCACACAAUUUAUCAACUAUUACAAUCAUCAGAAAAAAAAGAGAUCCAUGAUUAUGAUACAGGAACACGAACAAAAAAAAGUUCAAUGGAUUUUGAUUCUGUUUGAUUACCUGUUGAUUUUUUUAUCUGUAUGAAAAAAAAACCGAUACUGAAUCAAUUGGUUUAAUUUUGAUAUAAUCACGUUUCUUGAUAUUUCAACAGCAAUUGAUAAUUUAAGUUAUUAUCACCAAUACAAUCAACGAGGAAACAAAUUUACUCAAUCAAUGUGAAUGAAAAAGUGUCGAAAGUUAAAAUGUCCAACAAUUAAUAUAACAAGUAA